AUGUCGGAUUUCGAGGAAUUUGAGAAACAGCUGAGCGAGAAUCGACAGGAGAGAGAAAGAGAAAGACACAAAAAGAGGAGUCAGAAGAGGAGCCGCAGCCGAGAGAAGAGGAGCCGAGAGAAGAGGAGCCGGAGCCGAGAGAAGAGGAGCCGAGAGAAGAGGAGCCGCAGCCGAGAGAAGAGGAGCCGGGACCGCCGGAGCUCCUCCAGGGACCACAAGAAGCACAGCCACUCUCCAAGGCGAACAAGGCAGAAAAGGACCUGCAAGUAUUGGGAUGUUUCUCCUCCUGGCUUUGAACACAUCACACCAAUGCAAUAUAAAGCUAUGCAAGCCGCUGGCCAGAUACCAACAAUAGCUCUGCUGGCGACGUCCACCCCCACCGGAGUGGCUGCAGCUCCAACACAAGUGCCCGUAGUUGGCAGUCAGAUGACGAGACAAGCCAGGCGCCUCUACGUUGGAAAUAUUCCCUUUGGAGUAACUGAGGAGUCCAUGGCCGAGUUCUUCAACGCUCAGAUGAGGCUCGCAGGCCUCUCACAAGCCCCGAGCAACCCUGUGCUCGCUGUGCAGAUCAACCAGGAUAAAAACUUUGCUUUCCUAGAGUUCCGGUCCGUAGACGAGACGACGCAGGCGAUGGCCUUCGAUGGGAUCAUAUUUCAGGGUCAGUCGCUGAAGAUCAGACGACCUCACGAUUAUCGGCCUUUACCCGGCAUCUCAGAGCAGCCCGCCUUCCACGUUCCAGGCGUGGUCUCCACGGUUGUUCCCGACUCCCCCCACAAACUGUUCAUAGGAGGCCUGCCCAACUACCUGAACGAUGACCAGGUGAAGGAGCUCUUGACUUCGUUCGGGCCUCUCAAAGCGUUCAAUCUUGUGAAGGACAGUGCCACGUCACUGUCGAAGGGUUACGCCUUUUGCGAAUACGUCGACGUCAGCGCCACCGAUCAGGCAGUCACCGGACUCAACGGGAUGCAGCUGGGCGACAAAAAGCUGAUCGUCCAAAGGGCGAGCGUGGGGGCUAAGAACGUUAAUCCUAUCAUAGAGACCCCAGUGACGCUGCAGGUCCCCGGGCUUCAGAGGCUGCAGAACUCUGGCAUCCCCACGGAGGUGCUGUGCCUCCUCAACAUGGUGAUGUCCGAGGAGCUGGUGGACGACGAGGACUAUGAGGAGAUCCUGGAAGACAUCCGCGAGGAGUGCUGCAAGUACGGCAGCGUCCGCUCCAUCGAGAUCCCCCGACCCGUCGACGGAGUGGAAGUCCCCGGUUGUGGAAAGAUCUUUGUGGAGUACGUUUCUGCUGCCGACUGUCACAAAGCCAUGCAAGCUCUCACUGGCCGCAAGUUUGCCAACAGAGUGGUGGUCACCAAAUACUACGACCCGGACAUGUAUCACAGACACGACUUUUGAAAGCACAGACGAAGUCCUUGCUUUCUGUGAGACUCGGUUUCUUUACUCCUCUGAAUGUUGCGAACGCGUCAAGGAAAAGACUUGUUUUAUUACGUCUUCUACUUAACAAACUGGACUGCAGUGUGUGUUUCUUCACUGAAUAUCUUAACUCCCAGCUUUAGCUUUAACAACCACACAGUGAACAUUCUGACUUUAAAAAUGACUGUAGUAUCCAUUAGAUUUGUAGUAGAAUGAAUGUAACAUGUACCUUAUCUAAUACUGCCUGAUGAUGCCAGAGUAGCUGGUCAAAUGUUUAGAUUAAACUCCUGAGCACAAACAUUUAUUUCUCUGUUUUAAAUUCGAGAAGCCAUCGUAAAUGUUUAUUGUGGGGCUAUGAGAGUGAAAAAGUUUUUAUUUAUUUAUUUUUCCAAAGUAAUAUUUUCUUCUAUGUGUCACAUAUUAAUGUUCCUUAAGCAUAUGAAUAAUGCUAUUACAUGCACUGCUUACAUACACCAAAUGUCUGUGUUGUUUUUGUCAGAACGGCCUCAAAGGUAAUUUUGUAAAUAUGAAAUAUCAAAGUAAUAAUCUCGAAGACACACAAUGGUGGUCGAGCCUAUGGUACGCUGAUGAAAGCCUUUGUAUUUGCAGUAUUACGAACUGGGAAAAAACUUAAAGAACUUAAAGAAUUUAAGUGUAAAGAAUAGAUUAAACUGUCAGUUCCAAUGUAAGCUACAUGUUAGCAUGUCUGGCUAAGUAGCUUACUAGCUACAGUAGCUAACUGAGGAGGCCAAGUAGCAUAUCGCUAAUGCUAGCUAGUUUGUGGGGUUAACUAGCUAGCCUUCUUUGCUGUGGGGAAGCUAAUCUUGGUCAUGCUAUCACGCUAACGUUAGCAGCUCUGCUUUGCUCUUUAUUGGCUUUAAGGACAUUCAAACAAACGCAUCGUAUGUUACCUGAGAUAACAUUUACAUAAUACAUCGGUUAGUCCUCAUCCUGUUUGAAAAAUAAUAACAAGCCAGUAAGUUAAACAGCCAGACAUUGUAAUGCUACAUUGUAAAACAACAAUAGUCUGAGUUCACAUUUUUCCUCAUCAUUCAUAUUUAGCUUGCUAGCUCUACAAUGCAAAACAUUUCUUUAUUUCUGUCUUCCACGUGGACCAUCAACUAGUGAGGAUGGUAAUUUAGCUUUAGCCUCAUUCUUUUGGCACAUGAUCAUGUAUGUAUCCAUUAAGUGUGUAUUUAAGAACCCUUUUGUGAGACUCUUAUUUUGAAAACAAGUCAACAGACAACGAUAAACGUCAAUAUGUUUUCAACCAAUUCAUGGAAUAGGGCUAACGUUAGCUCAAUGAGCUAGCUAGCGAGCUAAAUCUGCAAAAAAAGUGACGGUCAACCGGCUUUAAAUGAGAACUUUUGUUCUCCUGUGUCUUAAAUCAAGGACCCAUUAUUUAGAAAAAUACUUAAGAUUUCAAAGGUUAAUCUGACAACGUUAGCCUAACCGACAUAGCAACAGUACAGAAGCUAAGGGGCGGGGCUUAAUGAACGGUCAAAUGUGUCCAUCUAACCAGCAAUAGUCGACAAUUUGUUGUCAAAAUUAGAAUAACAAAAUCAAAUCUGUCUUCGUGGUCUUAUUUAAGAAAUGACGCACAUGUCAAGAAAUGCACCUUUAAGUUUUGUAGAUAAACUGAAUUUUUUUUUUCAAGUUUUAUUCUUUGUGUGAUUUGUCGGAGAAAACAUUAAAUUAAAGCACUUUAUUACGAAAUAGUGCAAACAUAAAUACCCAAACAAAUCUGAGAAAAUAUGCAUUAGAAGUCACCUGGUUUGCAUAUGCAGCAAACUGUCCUGUUUUAAAUCGUAUGUUAGUGUAAUAAGUGGAACAUAUCAACUGAUAAUAAACAGCCACUGUAUUUCAUACGUUUUUGGAUGGCCAACAAUUUGAAAACCGUUUUAGUUUGAACAAUCCUUGCCACUGCCAUUGCCUUGAAUAAAUGCUUGCAUCCACUGAUACAUUUAUCUGUGACAUUUGUUCAGUUACGUGAUGAUGCAGAUGUAAAAAAUGUAUUUAUUU